AUGUCGAUUCUCCGCCUAGGCAUCCUAGGCGCAUCAGAAAAUGUCCAAACGAUCAUCAUCCCAAUCCUCGCCAGCCCAGCUCUCAAAACCCUAUUCAAUCCCAUCAUCAUCUACGCUGCAAGCGAAGGCACUGCAAAGCAAUGCCAAGCAGAGUUUAAUAUCUCCGAAUACACCACCAACGCUUCAGAAGUCAUAUCCCACCCAGAAGUAGACGUGGUGCUGAACCUCCUCCCCUUCGAAUACCACGAAGAAUACACCAUCGACGCUCUCAGGACCGGUAAACAUGUCAUGGUCGAGGUCCCACUCACCAUGAGCAUCCCCGCCCUACACCGCAUCCGCAAAGCAAUCGGCGAAGGCAAGGCCUACCGUUCAGGCCUUGCUAACAACACCGCCCUAGGCCCGCCAAAGAUUUUCGUCGGUUGCGCCCGUCGCUACGCACCUUGCUUUGUCGAUGUCUUUAAACAGGAACUCGCCAGCCUGGACCGCGUGUACUAUGCACGGUGCCGCAAUAUCUCGGGUCCCUUGCGUGUCCCUACCCCCGAGCACCCACCAGCCGCCAGGACAAACGGAAACGGGACUGUUUCCAACGGCAUGACCAACGGACAUACUAAUGGCAAUGGUACUGUGAACGGAUACACCGAUUGCAACGCUACCAACUGCACCUACGUUGCUGAUAACGUAACGCCAGUCACAAGCGACCAGCGCUUCAACGCCCUCCUAGGCGGCAUCUUCAAUGAUGAAGACCUCACGCCCGAGCGCGCGGCUUUCUGUCGCUUCCUUGGCGGCAUGGGCUGCCAUGAUCUCUCCCUGAUGCGCGAGUCACUGGGACUCCCCGACGCAGUCGCCAACGUAUCGAUCACAGACCCGUUCUACUCCGCGAUCUUCCACUACGAGGAUUCACUCGGUAUCUGUGCCUCUUCGGGUGAGGCGCACCCGUUCACCGUGCUGUAUGAAACGGGCGUGGACUCUGUCCCACGAAGCGACGCGCAUCUCACUGUUUAUGGAGCGACGAAGACGAUUUCUGUCGAAUAUGAUUUCCCCAUUUCGGCGGAACUGGCGGCCAAUGCGGGGGCGGGGGCAGGACAAAUUAAGGUUGUUGUUGAAGAAAGGGAGCUUGGUAAUGGCAAAGAAAAUAUGAAUGGGAAUGGGAAUGGGAAUGGGAAUGGAUAUUGCGAUGGAUUCGGCUCUCAUCCUCGCGUUAAGAGAACUGAGUUUGUUAGCUCAAUUGCUGAAGCGUAUGAGCGACAGUUCCGGGUUAUGCACAACUAUCUUACUGAUGGGGAUUCUGCGGGGACUGGAUUUGAGCCCAAGACGACGACAAAUGAUGCGGUGAUGGAUCUGCGGUUGCUCAAUAUGAUCUUUGCCCAUUAUGAUCGGCAGUGUGGGACAAUUCGGACUCCUUUGGGUUGA